GGAACUCAUUAUCAGAACUAUAGACUAUAGACUAUAGCUAUUUUAUUGUUCUUAUUCAUAUGUAUUUGCAAGUUUUGUUAGAACGCCGUACUUAGUGACAUUUAAUACUGACAUUUGUUUACUUUCAAAGAUCGAAUAAUUAUUAAUGUAAAAAUAUAAGACUAUACGAAAAACAUUAUAUUUGUUAUGAUUCAAAUAUGGCUGGUGACAAAGUAAUCGGUAGUUCUUCACAUAUGAGCAAGGAAAAAGUACAUAAAGAAGGUACUUAUAAUGAAAAUUUAAAUUUAGAAGAUGAAUUUGCAGAACCAGUUGAAUAUGUACCCUGCCCUGAAUUUCAUUUUUCGACAAUCACUUGUUGUUUCUGCAAUGGAUAUUAUGGACCAUGUUUUGGAGAACCUGUUUGUCCAACAUGUCAUGCAUUUUUGUUUCCUAAUGACAUUGGUCUUUUACAAGUUCCUAUUUUCAGUGAAAAAACAGAUGAUGAAGAUUCAGGAAAUGAUGAACCAACAGAACUUUAUUACAAUCAUGAAAGAAGAGCAAGUCAACAACAACAAAAUUCUCCACAAAAUGCAACUUUAAAUGUAUCAAAUGUAGCAAAUAUUCCUAGUUUAAAUUGUCGCAUAGCACAAAAUUCUAGUUUAAAGAAUGAAAAUAUUUUAGUUAUGCCGAAAGUACAUCAUAGUAUAAAUGCAAAUAGUUCUAAAAAUGCAACAGUUGUAACUCAAAAUGUACAGCUUCCAUGCAAUGUUCAUUCUGAUAAUGUGCAAAAUAUAGGUAACGGGAACAAUGACACUCGUCAUGAAGAUUGUAAAGAAUCCGUUUUCAAUUCUGCGUCUGUGGCAGAUGGAUCGUUACAUAACAUUGUUCCAUUCCAAAGAGUUAAGGAAUUGGAAAAUCGUCAGCAUUAUCACUGGAAUUAUAAAGUACAAAAUAAUAUAGGAGAAAUGUCAAAAUCGUGUAACCUGUCUGAACGAUUAGAAAUGUUAACAAAUUAUAAACAUGUCGAGUGUGAAUCUAUUUCUGAACCAGGAUUAAUGGAGAGUUUACCGCCUGAAGUAUUGUUAGUUGUUUUUUCACAUUUGGAUGAUGUUAGUCUUUGGUCAGCUGCAAAUGUUUGCCGUAGAUGGUGUGGUUUAUUAUCAACACAUGUAACGUCACAACAAUGGCAACAGAAUGUUAAAUUGCGAUGGCCUUUAUACAAACCUAUUGGGAAUGUUAAAAAUUGGUAUAAAGUUUAUGACUUUCUGGCUUCUUCAGCACCUUGUAGAACAUGUUUAGCACAAACAUGUCUGAGGUCCCGAUCGCCAAGAAUUCAAGAGAAUUCGUGGAGGAAAAAUCGAUUACACAGUGAACUUAAAAGUUUAAGGAUAGAUCCUCCUGAGGGUAUUGAAGCAACACCUUUGGAUCAAAUGUGUUGUCAUUGGCAAGCUACAAUAACUGGACCUGUGGGCAGUCCAUACGAAGGAGGUUUAUUUUAUCUUUAUUUGCAAGUACCGUGCAGUUAUCCCUUGUAUCCACCAGUCGUAAGAUUUCUUACAAAAAUACUUCAUCCAAAUGUUUCUAGACAUGGUGAUGUUGGUAUAGACUCAAUACAUCAUAAUUGGUCAUUAGCAUUGACAAUUUCGAAGGUGUUAAUCAGUGUUCAAAGCUUACUAACGGACCCAUAUUGUCAGGUCUGUAUGGAACCAGAAUUGGGUGAAAUGUACAUGAACGACCGUGAAAAGUUUGAUGAAAUUGCAAGAGCGUGGACAUGGCGAUAUGCUAUGCAUGAUGUUGUCACUCCACUAUGAGCGAUUUAUAAAUAUCUUAUUUUUUAUAUGCAAGGCGUCGAAAAAGAGUUCAAAGGGAUACUCUAUACAUUAAAAUAAGGAAACUACUUUGAUUCAAUAUUUAUACUAAAUUAAAAUUUUUAUAAUCUAUAAACUUUUUUAUCGUUAAAGAUGAUUAUAAAAGUUUCCAGUAGUUGGGAUAUAUGCUAUUAAUCUUCGCUUUUCUUCAAUUUAUCUAUUUGACGUAAAUAUUGCAAAUUUUUUACUUAAUCUAAUGUACAAUAUGCAAAGCUUGUAGCUCUUUCCUUUAGAUGAUUGCAUCAAUUUUGCAUAUAAUAUUUAAUUUUCUACUGCAUAAUGACAAACUUCGCAAAAAAAUUUCUCAUUAAAGGAUAUGUAAGUAGGUAAAUAGAUCAAUUAAGCAUAUACAUAUAUAAAAAUAAAUUAAGCAUAUACAUAUAUAAAUAUACU